UUCACCUGUGCGACUACGAUCCGGAAUUCCCAACGAAUCGAAUAAACACCUCUUGGAUCUCGAACAUUUCAACUUGUUCGCCGGUUGUUUUCGAAUCGAGCAAAAAAGAAACAAAAUUAAUCGAUAUGGGCGCGAUCGAGUGGGUAACCGAAGAGGACAACUACGAGUGCGCCCUUUCGAAGGAAACGCAACAGCUCGCCAAGGAGGAACUAAGGGAGGAUAAAAAUACUCGGGACCAAGCCCUCGAGCAGAUACGUAAUUGGAUUAAAUUGAAUCCGCGAAUUCAAAACAGUCGUCUCGAUGCGAAAUUCUUACUGAGGUUCUUGAGAUGCAAAAAAUUUAACGUACCGAUGGCGGAAGAAGCCAUCGAGAGAUAUUUACUUCUUCGUCAAGUUUAUCACCCGGCUUUCAAUCAUUUAGACGCCACGGAACAAACGAUGGACGAGCUUCUGUCUUUGGGAUAUCUGUUCGCUGCGCCCGGUCGUGACGCGAAAGGCCGACGCGUUGUAAUCGCUAGACCAGGUGUUUUCGAUCCGCACAAGUACACGAACGCCGACAUGUGUAGAAUCCACGCGAUCACCUACGAGUCACUGAUGGAGGAGGAGGAAAGUCAAGUGCGUGGUUUCGUUCAUUUCGCGGACGGGGCCGGUGUCGGUUUCCCACACCUGACGCUUUUCACUCCGAAGGAAGCUGUUCGUAUCGUCAAAAACGGCGAGCGUACCAUACCGAUGCGACACAAAGAAGUCCAUGCCAUUAAUACGCAUCCUUCUGUGAAGUUUGCCCUUGAUUUCGGUAUGACAUUGAUCUCCGACAAAAUCCGAAAACGGAUCAAACUUUAUACCAGUCUCGAAGAUGCUAUGAAUCACAAACUGGACACGAGUUUGCUACCGAAGGAAUACGGUGGUACCAUGCCGAUGAAAGAGAUGAUCGUUCUUUGGAAAAAGGAGUUGAUGGAAAUUAGACCGAUUUUAUUGACUCACGACAAGAUGAGGGUGCGCCUGGAAUUGUACUCUGAGAAAGCUCGAGAAGGAGCAGUAUCGGCUCUGAAGCAAGGAUUCGGAUGCUCGGACAUCGGCUCCAGCGAUUCUACCAUGUACGGCAUCACCGGCUCCUUUAGAAAGCUCGAGGUGGACUGAUCGAGCAGAUCGAUCGACAACAAGCACUAAU